UUAUUACUCUUGUUUCUGCUGGAUCCGAUAUUCUUUGCCCUGCCUGGCUGCUGCCCGAACGAGGGGUCCAGCCAACCGCCGGCGACCGGAGCUGCCCGCGGCCUUCCCCCGAGACAGUUUUUUAUCCUGUUAAAAGCGGAUUUUUGACGUGCUUCCCGUGAUACAAGCAAUCGUCGUUCUUUCUGGUUGGAAAAGGAUGGAGUUUCAGAGGAAACCUCUGAGUUUGCUGGAGCUAUGUAUCCGGACCGUCAUCGACAACCUCCGGUACGUCAGCAGCAUGGACGGCGUGGAGAUGCAGCUCCUGAAGAGGAUCCUGCCCCACUGCACUUUGGAUCAAUUGACCCGUAUCGAGAGUUGUACCGAGAUGGACAUUAGCCCUGCCACUGAUGUGCUGUGGAAGACAUUCUAUCAGCGGCAAUUUGGCGAGGAUCAUACGAACAAUGUCGUCAAGAAAAUGAAGCAGAGCGGAGUAAACUACCAAUGGAAGGAUCUCUUCAAUGCAAAAACAGAAAAGCAAAAAGAACUUGAAGAGAUAAUGAUUCAGAGACUCGCUAAGAAAUAUCAGGCAGAAAAGGCUGAGAAACAAAGCAAACAAAUUAAACUUUGUACGAAGGUGCCACCAAGCAGCAAAAGAAGUUUUUUUGGAGGUAGUGGACCCAGCUACCUAUCCAAUUCCAGUUCCAGCUACAAGAGCCCUAUUUUGAAGAAGGCAAGGAUGGAGGUUAACAGCCAGGCGAAGAUGCAAGCUGCUAUCCAAAGGAAUACCCUUGCAAGAUCAUCUCAGUCAACAAGGAUGACCUCUUCCAAUGGACAGCCAACAAGGACGACAACUAUUCACCGACCCAAUUCCACGAUAACCAUCACCAAACCAACUGGUUCGAACAGGCCGAUGCAAAAGCAGAACACCAGACCCAAAUUCUAGGAGCGGACUACCAUGGCCUCAUGCUUUCGACUCUGGAGCGCGCCAUGAUUGCGCAGAAGUGGUCUCUCCUGUGGACAAGCUGGUGCUACUUACCAUUUCAUAAAGUUCUGUGUGCCAUAGGAAACAGUUGUUUGGUUGCCCCCAACUGAGCACCUGUACUUGUAUCUCGCAGGAGUAAGCGCACCAACUUGUAUCAUAAACUAAUGUCUGUAACAAACAUGUUGUUUUUAAUAUGAUAUGAUGGUUCAAAAAAUUGUUGAAAU